AGCAGCCAAAGCAGCCAAAAGACGACAAAGGCGGCGCCGGGUUGCUACCGGGUGCGCUUUGGAAGGCGGCUGCUUGGGAACGAUGAGGCUGGUCAAGGCGGCCGGGGCGCUGUGCGCGGUGGUCUUCUGCUUCCAGGCGGUCUUGGCGCAACCAAGUGACACGAGUCUCCCUCCUGAAGACCUGGACUCAUCUGGUGAUGACGAUGACUCUUUUUCUGGCUCUGGUGCAGGUCCUUUACCAGCCCAUCCUGUGGUUGCCUGGAAUGUUCCACUACAAGAAAGCACAAAUAUAUCAUUGAAGCCUGAAGUGUCUACUGACUUGAGAGAGAACCAACCUGAAGUUUAUGGAACAGACAGUCCUACAGAAGACUAUGCAAGAAUAUCUGUAUCCCCAACGAGCAGAAUUGUAUUCCCAAUUAUUGAUCUGGUGCCUGACAAGCCAGUAGAAGCUACAACAGUAGCUUCAACAGUAGUAGCUGUUGAAGAGGAUGACCUGGACUUAUUUCCUGAGCAGCCAGCAACAAGGUCCACAAUGAUAACAGCAGGAAUCCCAGCCAUUCACCAUCAUGUUUCCACAGUCAGAAUGACAACCUCACGAGCUUCAAGUACAUCAAGAGUUAUUGAGACUGAAGAAUCUCAUAACAACCACUAUCUAACUGGAAUUGAUGAAGAGAAUCCUGCUUUUGGUGUUGUGCCAACACGUAAGGGAAGUCUGGAUAUCACCAGUCCCACUACAGCAUCCACUGCAGUGUCCACUACAGCGUCCACUACAGUAUCCUCUGGUGUCCAUGGGGAUAGCUCUUCUUUGUCUGAAUCCGAAGAUGGUUCUGGUGAUGAGAAAGACUUCAUAUUUGUUGAAGACAAACCAGUAAUACCAAAGGAAUCUGGACCAAAUAAUAGAGCAAUGGAUAUAGAAGCAAAUGAUGCAAAAUCUGAAGGAGCCCCGCAAGGAAUAUUGGACAGGAAAGAAGUUCUAGGAGGGGUCAUUGCUGGUGGAUUAGUAGGGUUGCUCUUUGCUGUUUUCCUAGUUGGGUUCAUGCUGUACAGAAUGAAGAAAAAAGAUGAAGGAAGCUAUUCAUUGGAUGAGCCCAAACAAUCAAAUGGUGGCUAUCAAAAACCACAUAAACAAGAAGAAUUCUAUGCAUGAACGAACUGAACUUAAAGACACUUUUCUUCUGUCUCUGGACAUCAUGAGUUCUCGCUGCAUUUUAAAGGGGGAAAAAAACUAAAAGCCAUAAGACUGAGUUUAAGCCUCUGCCUCCUUGCCAUUGGGAACUACUAUAUUUUUCCAAAGUCAAUCUGGAUUAAUAAAACCAUUACCUGCUUUCUUGCACAAAGAUUACCUGUAAAGUGGGACCUCUGUCUUGUCUAAAGACUCUUGGGGGAAGAUAAGGAACCGAUUGUAUAUAGUCUUGACAUCUUACGAAAGCGCCAAGAAAUUAGUAAGGUACAAUGUGUGUGUAUUAAAGAUGCUUCCCCCCUCCCCUAUAUUUACUAGCCACAAAUACAUGCUGUAGAGUACAUUCUUUCCUUUCUUUUAAGGCUAUUAAUGUGGCUUUCAACAGUUGCUUUUUCCUUUUCAAAGAUAACACUUAAGUCACCAUAUUGCAGCUGGGCAUGAGAACAGCGUGAGAAGGUAGAUCCUCCCCCAAAGUUAACAAUCUGUUCAAAGCGGUUAUGUUUUUUGUUUUUUUAAACUAUGGCCCUUGCCAGGUGAGACGUGUGAUUCCUCUAGAAUCCAACGGGAGAAAUUUUAUACACUGUGCUUCAAAACUUGAAGCAACAUAGAAAUGACACAUGGGGAGCAGCCGGUAUUUGGGAUGUGCACCCUUUUCCAGUCCUUCUGGUCCUACUGACUGUGGUAUCCCCGGUAAUUCACUGUGUACAAAGUCCACAUAGUAGUCCCAGGGCCACCAUUUGUUAUCUACCUCUUCUGCAUUGUGUUUUGGAUAGCGGCUGUUUCUCCACGGGAUUCUCAAGCCCUCUCUUCCACGCACUACCUAGGAUGCUGGGUGUGGCGUGCAGCAUACAAGACAGAGCACGCUAAGGGGUAAUGAGAGCCCCUGUUGCUGCCAAGUCCCAGGGACUAGAAUCAUAUGAGACUGGCGUUUGUAGUAGGAAUUCAGGGAGCAGCGGCUCGGCUUGCAGAGCCUAGGGGAGUGAGCAUCUGUUAUGUUCAUGGCUGGCUUUUAUCUCAGUCCAACUUGUGUUAGAGCAUUAACAAAGUUUGAAGAUCAAAUGUCUUCAGAAGCUAUUCUGUGUAGAAGAGGGAGUUAAUGACGGAUUGUGUGCCUUCAUCUCCUUUGUGUGUCCAAAAUGUAAUGUUAGGGGUCCAAAUGGGACCAAAUCAAUGAAUGUCAGCACUUCCAAAGCAGUAUUUAAAUGUGUUUUAAGUACACUGUGUAUGGAGGGGAGGAGAAGCUCUCUUGAAAAACAGGUAGCUGGUGUAAAAUAAGUGUAGAUGUAUGAUUUCUGUAAUGUACAGGAUGACAUGGAUGUGAAUGUUCUGUGCUAAACAAGUUCUGUUAAAGGUUCUAGUUUGUUUUACAUAUAUCCACCGUUCAGCUCUUCUUUAUUUCACCAUUUACACUUCUUGGCUUGCAAAGAUACCUUCUGUUUCUAGCAAGAGGGUGAGUUGACAGUAGCACACUAUAUUUACUUACAGUCCCAAGCUGGAGGUAAGGGAGUAAAACUUUCAGCUAAAGCAUAAUUGUGAGUUGCCAAUCAUGCAAUUGGUGCCUUCCAUAUGUCUCACUGCCAAAAAAUCUUGGAUCUUUAUGCUGGCGGGUUAAACACUCUUUUCCAGCGUGAAACCUGGCUGUCAACUCCCGGCCCUACAUUCAGUGCAACUAUACAUAACUACCUUUUUACAAUGAGGUUUUAAGUGGUGUUGUGUCCUUUUUAAGUAUGAAAAGAUUGUCAUUGACCUUCUCUGAUAUAGGAAACACUUCUAUUGGGCAAGGAUAUUGAUAAAGCCGGGUGUGCUUUUUAAUGAGCAAGCUGAAACUGGAAUCCUGUAACUUUAAAUGGUACGGACUAACAGCUAUUUUCCAAAUGCAAGUACUUCAAUUGGUUCUUUUUGUAUUCCACAACCAUACACACGCAAUAAAAAGGCAGUCUGCCAAAAUAAAAUUGUCUGAUGUCAUUACCUGAACCACCUUUCUUACUCUCAGUUUUACUUUGGGCAUAUUCCGAGAUGC